AUGCAAAACAAUCAAGUACAUAACGAAGGUGUCAUUGGAAAUAAUGAACCCCGCAAAUGGUGGCAUCGUCGUUGGAUUGUGAUUGUCGGCAUCUCUUUUAUCUUUUUAAUAAUUAUUGCAGUUAUUCUCUCUUUACUCUUGAAAUUCGUCAUUCUUGCACCGAAAGAGUCAGAAACCUUUAACAGUACCGCAGCAUUACCUUCGUUAACAACAAUAGUAUCAACACCAUCACCACCAGCAACAACAACAACAACAACACAAACAACACCGACACUGUCACCAUUAAUAACAACACAGACCACAUCGACAUCAACAUUACCAUCAUCAACAACAACAAUAACAACGACGCAAGCAACAUCCCCACUACCAUCAUUAACAACAACACAGGCCACAUCGACAUCAACAUUACCAUCAUCAACAACAACAACAACGACGCAAGCAACACUCCCACUACCAUCACUAGCAACAUCUACGAUCGCUAAUCAACAGCCAGGUUGGCUUAAUACUGGUUGCUUAAAUUAUGCACGACAACAACACACAGCAUCUGUAUUAGCAUCUGGAAAAGUAUUAGUUACUGGUGGAUUCAAUGGUUCUCCUUUAGAAAGUGCUGAGUUGUAUGAUUUGACAACAGGCACUUGGACCAUUACUGAUAGCAUGAAUCAUGCACGACGUGACCACACCGCAUCUGUAUUAACAAAUGGAAAAGUUUUAGUUUCUGGUGGACAAGAUAGUAACGCUCGUCUAGAUAGUGCUGAAUUAUAUGAUCCAUUAACAGAAACUUGGAUAAAUACUGGCAGCAUGAAUAAUACACGAUCUGCUCACGCAGCAUCCAUAUUAACAGAUGGGAAAGUGUUAGUCACUGGAGGAGUUCGUAUUAGAGAAGAUCUGAAUGGCGCUGAAGUAUAUGAUCCUUCAUCAGAAACUUGGACAGUUACUGAUAGUAUGAAAAAUGCACGAUUUUUUCACACAUCAUCCACAUUAAGAAAUGGAAAAGUGUUAGUUACUGGUGGAUCUAAGAUUAAUAUUGAUGUUAGGUUUAUAGCUCUAAAUAGUGUUGAGUUGUAUAAUCCAUUAACAGAAACUUGGGCAAUUAUUGCUAGUAUGAAUCAUGCACGAAGUUCACACACGGCGUCCUUAUUAACAAAUGGAAAAGUGUUAGUCACUGGUGGACAUAAUAUUUCUGAUGCGCUGAACAGUGCUGAAUUAUAUGAUCCAUCAACAAAAACUUGGACAACUACUGGCAAUAUGAAUCAUCCACGACAACUACACACAGCAUCCUUAUUAGCAAAUGGAAAAGUGUUAGUUACUGGUAGUAAUAGAGGUGAUUCUCUGAAUAGUGCUGAAUUGUAUGAUCCAUUAACAGAAACUUGGACAUUUAUUGAUAGUAUGAAUCAUGCACGAGGUGCUCACACAGCAUCCGUAUUAACAAAUGGAAAUGUGUUACAUACUGGCGGAGUGCAACGUAAUCUGGUUUUGAAUACUACAGAACUAUACUAUGAUUAA